UGGUGGAGCGGCUGACGGACUACGAGUGUGUGACCCAGCGCGGGCAGAAGAUGCUGUGGCGGCUCCAGAUGUGUGUGUGUGUGCUGCUGCUGUGUGUGUGCGUGUGUGUGAAUGCUUCUAGGAUUCGUGUGUUGUGUUCUGACCAACGAGUCUGCAGAGACAUGAUCUCUCAAGAAGUGCUACUGAACUGUCUGCGUGCGUGCGCUGAGCGGCCGGGCCUAGACUCCGCCCCUCCCGUAACGGAGCUGCAGGACGCAGGCCAGGAACCCGCCGCUGUGGAGGCUGCUGAUGAGGAAGAGGAAGAGGAAGAGGAAGAGCAGGGCGUGGCGCUGAGGCUGCUCCUGAGCCUUCUGGCUCCGCCCCCCCCCCUCCUCCUCCGUCCAGACGCGGUCCGCAGUGCCGAGCGCCGCGCCUACUCCAUGGAGCACUUCCGCUGGGGCAAGCCCGCCGGACGCAAGCGCCGCCCCGUCAAGGUCUACGCCAGCGGGGGGGUCGGCCUGGGGUCAGAGGUCGCCGAGAACAGGAGGGCUCUGGCCUCUCAGGAGGAUGAAGAGGAGGAGGAGGAGGAGGAGGAGGAGAGGAGGCAGCUGAGGGGGGAUGAGGCCCCCACCAAACUCACGUACCGCAUGAAACACUUCCGCUGGAGCCACCCGCCCCCCCAGGAGGACAAGCACUAUGGCAACAAGCGCUACGGCAACGCACCCCCCCAGGAGGACAAGCGCUACGGCAACGCACCCCCCCAGGAGGACAAGCGCUACGGCAACAAGCGCUACGGCAACGCGGCCCCCCAGGAGGACAAGCGCUACGGCAACAAGCGCUACGGCGACGCGGCCCCCCAGGAGGACAAGCGCUACGGCAACAAGCGCUACGGCAACGCGGCCCCCCAGGAGGACAAGCGCUACGGCAACAAGCGCUACGGCAACGCGGCCCCCCAGGAGGACAAGCGCUACGGCGGGUUCAUGAAGCCCUGGGCCGCCGCCCUCACGCCCUCCCACAAGCCUCUGCUCAAGCUGCUGCGCCACGCCAUCGCCAGAGAUGGCCAGUAGGGGGCGAGUGCGUGUGUGUGUGUGUGUCUGUGUGUG